AUGGAGAAACGGAGCAGGGACAUGGCCACAGCGGCUGCGGCGGCGGCCGACGGCGUCGCCACGCCGAACAAGGCGAAGGCCGCGCUGCGGGGAGCCCCCGCAUCCAGGGAGGAGCCAACGAUCCUCCAAGUCAUCCUUCUGGCCCCGGACGUGCUGGAGUGCCACCUCUGCUCCACGCUGCUAGAGUGCAUGAACGGGCACGCCGUGUGCCGGGGCUGCUGCGACCGCAUGCGGGGGACGUGCCCGUCGUGCCGCGUCCCCACCGGCCUCAGCCGGUGCCGCCCGCUGGAGCGCGCCAUCGCGGCGAUGCUGCUCCCCUGCGCGUUCAGCCCCGUCGGGUGCGGGCGGCGCCUCCGGAUCGCCGAGAAGCGCGCCCACCAGGACGUCUUCUGCCACCACGCGCCGUGCGCGUUCCCGCUCCCGGGCUGCGCCUACUCGGGCCUACUGCUCCACGACCACAUCCGCGACGCUCAAUACCGUCUAAUAGAUGUGUUCUGCAGUACUUCUGCUAGUAGUAUUGUAUUGUGA